UAGAACGAGGCGGAGCUUGAAUUCCAAAGUGGAAUGAGUUUCCUCUCGAUACGUCACUCUGGGAUAGGCUGCGAGCCACCGAGCAACACUGUCAGUCAUCGGGGUUUCGGGCUGAGUUCCAUCUCUUUCUCGGGACGGGACCCCCAAGCAGGAGAAAGUAGCCUUGCCCGUCGUGGGUUUAGGCUCUGGGAUUAAAGUGAUCGCCAGUCCCAUCGCUUUCGUCGAAAACUGCCAGAGGGGAUUCAUGCAGUGUUGGUUAGCUAAAUGCGGUACGAAGCUAAAAUGAUGCCGAUGUUCCUGACAGUAUACCUCAGUAACAAUGACCAGCAUUUUACUGAGGUUCCCGUUACCCCGGAGACCCUGUGCCGGGACGUGGUGGAGUUGUGCAAGGAGCCGGGGGAGACAGACUGCCACCUGUCUGAGAUGUGGCGUGGAUCUGAGCGAGCUGUAGGUGAGGGAGAGAGGAUGCUGGAUGUGCUCCAACGAUGGGGACAGCACAGGGCAGAGGUUCGCUUCUUUCUGCGUCACAACCGAGCCCCUAGCAGGGAAUCGGGAGGCUCAAGAGGCUCUGAGCCGAAGAGAAAUGGAGUGAAGGGUCCCCCAGACAGAAGGAUGGAGAAUGGGGUGGUGACACCCCGGAUGGACAUGACACUGGCCGAGCUGCAAGAGAUGGCUGCCAGACAGCAGCAACAGAUAGAAGCUCAACAACAGCUCCUCGCUUCCAAGGAGCAGCGGCUGCGCUACUUGAAGCAGCAGGAGCAGCGUCAGCAGCAGCAGGCCUCUGAGCAGGAGAAGCUGCAGCGCCUCCGAGAGAACAUCGAGAACCAAGAAACUCGGCUCAAGAAGGUUCGGGCCCUCAAGGGCCAGGUGGAGCAGAAACGCCUGAGCAAUGGCAAGCUGGUGGAGGAGAUAGAGCAGAUGAACAACCUGUUCCAGCAGAAGCAGAGAGAACUAGUGAUGGCUGCAUCCAAGGUUGAGGAACUCAGCCGACAGCUAGAGUUGCUAAAAAAUGGCAAGAUGGACAACUUCCAUGACAAUCAGAGCUCUGUGGCUGAAUUAGACCGCCUCUACAAAGAGCUACAGCUGAGGAACAAGCUCAACCAGGACCAGAACUCUAAGUUGCAGCAACAGAGGGAGAGCCUGAACAAGCGCAACCUUGAGGUGGCUGCCAUGGACAAACGAAUCAAUGAGCUCCGAGAUCGGCUGUGGAAGAAGAAGGCAGCACUGCAACAAAAAGAGAACUUGCCCCCUCAGAUGCCUCAGCAUUCAGAUCUCACCCAUGCCAACAAUGGCUAUCCUGGUAAAGAGAGGGCUUCAAAAGACACUCAUCUUCAGCAGCCCUCUGAUGGCCAAGCAGGACAGCAGUCAGGUCCGUCUCGUGUGGCAGCAGUCGGCCCAUACAUCCAGUCAUCCACCAUGCCCCGGGGCCCAGUGAGACAUGACUUGCUUGUAAAACCAGCCUACCCUGACGGCACUGCCACCCUGCCAGCCCACGACCCACAGACCAAGGCCGGUGCAGGCCUUCAGCCAUCCAAGCUGGCAGACUGGAGCUCUUCAGGUCCAGAAUCUAACACCAACGGUCAUGGUGCCUCUUCAACACUGCCACGAAUGACCUCUCACUCCAACUCUAACACAGAACAGGAUGAGACGGAAAUGAAGAGGGACAGGAAGGUGCGUCCAUUUUCCAUGUUUGAGCCAACAGAGGCUCCCGCAACUUCCCUCCGCAAAAACCAGAGCAGUGAUGACCUGGUCAGGGACGCUCAGUCUGCUCCCAAGGGUCCAGUCAAGGUACCUCCUCCUGUCCCCACCAAACCGAAAGGCCCUGGUGUUGUGCCCUACGGCAAACCAGGCCUCAACACAGGCACCUUCCCUAAAGCCAAGCCUCACAGCCAGCAACCCCAAGCAGCCCAGAGCCGCAGCCCUCUCACACCCUCACAGAGCCAGACACUCCCGCUACCCUCCAAGCAGGACACUCCACCUGCGGCCACAGUACGGCCCUUCACCCCAGAGCUGCCCUCCUCCAAAGACGCCAGCCUGAGCAAACCCCAGACCUUAGCAGCCAGCUCCAUAUACUCCAUGUACACACAGCAACCUGGCUCAGGCAAGCCCUUCCAGCCUGGCUUGCAGGGCACUCUCAACAGGGGCCAGAGCCGCACCAAUGGAUUUGUCAGUGUGUAUGGUAAACCAGUGAUCCCCAGUGGAGGCUUUCAUCCAGAGAACCCCUACAUGGACCGCCGCUCCCCUGCUCCAGAAUCUGAGGUUGACCAUAAUGGAUCUAACAAUGUGGGUCCCAGCUCAUCCGAGGGCCCCCAACCAGAAACAGAGCGCAUCCCCCGGCCCCUCAGCCCCACCAAGCUGCUUCCUUUCAUUUCUAACCCCUACAGACAUCAGAGUGAGGGUGACCUGGAAGCCCUGAGAAAGAAGCUCUACAAUGCCCCAAGGCCCCUGAAGAAACGCAGCUCCAUCACUGAACCAGAAGGUCCUGCAGGGCCCAACAUUCAGAAACUCCUCUAUCAGAAGACCACACUGGCAGCUAUGGAGACCACUGUGACAACACCAACCACUCCCACCUACACUGGUGAAGCAGAGAAGGCAACAGAGGGAUCUGUGGGGCCACAUGUCCCAAGCCCUCUGAGUGGCACAGAGAACCACCCAUCGGAGACAGGACAGACUCUGGAGGGCGGACUGCUCCCAUCUCACAUCCCAAGUGCCUCUGUUCCAGCCCCUGCUGAACAAAUGAAACCACCUUCAGGCAUCCUAGAGAGCGAAGACAUUAUCCCCCCUCCUCCCCCAUCCCACCCAGCCCCAAGGCCAGAUGACGCUCUUUUCCCACCUCCACCCCCUGCUGGCUUGGAGGAAACAAUUCCCAACCUGCCCCCUCCGCCUCCAGAAGGCUUCCUGGAAGAGUUCCCUCCCUACCCACCACCCCCAUACCCCAGUGGCGCAGAGCAGGACAGCUUGGGAGAGGACACGUUUAACAUGAAGGCACCUGAGGUCACUGGCCAGGUCACUUUGCCACCGGGAAAGAGGACCAAUUUGCGCAAGCCUGGCUCUGAACGCAUCGAUCACAGCAUGAGAGUGAAGUUCAACCCACUGGCUCUGCUGCUGGACUCUUCUCUGGAGGGAGAGUUUGACCUGGUCCAGAGAAUCAUCUAUGAAGUGGAGGAUCCCAGUCAGCCCAAUGAUGAAGGCAUCACAGCUCUACACAAUGCCGUCUGCGCCGGACAUACAGAGAUCGUCAAGUUUCUAGUUCAGUUUGGUGUCAAUGUCAAUGCUGCAGACAGCGAUGGCUGGACACCUCUUCACUGUGCUGCAUCCUGCAACAAUGUGCAAGUUUGCAAGUUCCUGGUGGAGUCUGGCGCUGCAGUGUUUGCUAUGACUUACAGCGACAUGCAGACAGCAGCUGAUAAAUGUGAAGAGAUGGAGGAGGGCUACACCCAGUGCUCUCAGUUCCUAUAUGGUGUACAAGAGAAGAUGGGCAUCAUGAACAGGGGGGUGGUCUAUGGUCUGUGGGACUACAAUGGUGAAAAUCCUGAUGAAUUGUCAUUCCGCGAGGGAGACUGCAUGACCAUCAUCCGCAGAGAAGACGAAGACGAGAUCGAAUGGUGGUGGGCACGUAUGGGCGACACUGAGGGUUACAUUCCUCGUAACCUCCUUGGGCUCUACCCCAGAAUAAAGCCACGACAGAGGACCCUGGCUUAAAACACAAAGAUUCCUGUGCAUUCCAGUCUGCCAGAACUCUCCAAAACACACACACACACACACACACACACACACACACACACACACACACACACACACACACACACACACACACACACACACACACAUACGCACACACAGGCUUUAACAGACUGGAGAAGAGAAGGACACUGCUGAAAUGAAGAGACAAGGACAGACCAAACAAUAUGAAGGAUCAGCUAUGAACUCUUUCUGGCACUUUUCUGUAUCUACCACAGGGGGACUGUCUCACUUAUUUUUCCAGGCCACACAGUGUACUUUGUACUUCUGACACUAAUGGCAUUGUUUUCCUUUAUUCCACUGUUUUUGUUGUUUUUUGUAAUUACUGUCUGAACUACUAUCUCUAAAGUGACAGAAACUCAAAUGUUGGGAUGUAAAUGGAACAAGCAGUAUUUUUAUUUCUAGGAAGUGAUUUUUACACUUUUCAACAGUCUUUUACAAUUUGCUUUCUGUGAUAUUUGUUAGUUCUAACAUACGUGGGGCUCUACAUUGCAUGAGGUGAAUGAGUGGAUGAUAAUGGUGAUGAUGUUUUUGAAAUGCUGUUACCAUGACAAUCUUUGCGGGCUUGUUUCUCGUCAUCUAUGCUGAGUGACUGUGCCUCCGUAUAACUGCACUGGAGGUGUAAAGUUUCAGUUGUGACCACCACUGUUCUGGCAAACAAAUGGAAAACAUUGCGAUGGGAUCACACCAGCUGCGACAUCGACCGAUGAGUCCUCAGUAGUCACUAUUACAUUAUUUCAUGAGUACUCAGUACUCAUGGGUCAGACCACACACAUCUUCAAACUCGGACUUCAUUUGGAUCUCAACUACAUACCUGUAAAAUUGCAGCUGGUAAUGACUAGUGGAAAAACGGUGAUUAAAGCUUCUAAUUGAUCUAUUGCUGUUCAUUCUGUGGUCUAUGAUACCCAGAAAUUUUCCUGCAUUGGCACAUGUUUAAGAUGCCAUAGAUACUGUGUAUACAUGUAUUUCUGUCUCACAGACUAGUGAAAUGUUACUGCAGGAAUGAUGUUGUUAUGAAAAUGGACUCUUAAGAGGCCCUUUGAUCAAGAAGGGGUCAUGCAGUAUGAAUUUUAAUGUUUUAUUACAGCCAUUCCAUGACAGUACAGUAAUGUAAGAGGACAAGCCUAAUACCAGAAACCUUUACUUUUUGUAGCAACCACUCAGAGAUGACACAUUAUAUUGUACAGUCAGAGAAGAAUUUCUACGUCAAAUAAUGUCUUAAAAGCAAAAAAGUAAAAAAUGGAACUUACAUUCCCAAAUGUUCCCAAAACUCAACUCAUCACAUAUCUGUCAGUGCAGAUGUAUUUAUUUUUGUUACUUUUUUCUUUAGCCCUUUUGUCAAAACUAUAACCACAAAUGUACUGUAGUAUUUCAAACAUUUACAAUAAAAUACUUUGUACUACG